AAUCCACUGAGCCACACCAGCCAGCCACGGCAGCUUGAUUGAUUUUUAAGAAAUAUUUUUUAUUCCAGAAGUAGCUUUUUGAGGGAGUGUGUGGGUUAGUGUGGUCUUUUGUCAGCUUCCACCAUGGCAUACCAUGGCCAGAGCCAAAACGUACAGAAGGUGACAGUGCAGCCCAUCAACCUUAUCUUCAGAUACUUGCAAAAUAGGUCUCGGAUUCAGGUGUGGCUUUAUGAGCAAGUGAAUAUUCAGAUAGAGGGCUGUAUCAUUGGUUUUCAUGAAUACAUGAACCUUGUAUUAGAUGAUGUAGAAGAGAUUCAUUCUAAAACAAAGUCAAGAAAACAACUAGGUCGGAUCAUGCUGAAAAGAGAUAAUGUUAUGCUCCUCCAAAGUGUCUCCAAUUAGAAAUGACUAAUGAAGAGAAAAAUUGUUGAGAAGCAAUAAUUUGUAUUUUGUAGGUGUUCUUUGCUGCAGGUAGUCCUUGGACAUUUAUUCAUAUUGUUUUGACUACCCUUUUGUUAUUACCAGAUGAAAAUAAAUGCUGUGAUUGUUUUUAUUAAAAAAAUAGUUUUAUCUCCUAGGUAUAAAACUUAACUAUCCUACAAAUAUUAAAGUAGCAAUAGUGCUAUAACAGAUAUUGUUUAGGUGUAAGUACCACUUCUAAAGGGAACAACUUCAGUCUUAGCUGAAGAAAGACAAACUACCAAUGUGUUUGCCUAAUAGAAAUACAAUUAUUUAAACAAUUUCUGUAUUAGAUAUCUAGAAAUGAUUUUCUUUGGUUCUUCACUAGAAGUCAUUGAGAUAGCUUGGGACAAGAGGAAGAAAUAAAGUAAGAUUAUAAGAUAAAGUAAAAUUGAAAAUCUUAAAUUCCAGAAAGGUGGGAAUAACAGCCUCAUUAAAGGAUAGGUCUUCCUCAUAAUAUCUGAAAUACAGGUAUUGGUAGCCAAAGACAGACUUUGUUCACUGACUACCUGCAGAUGUAGAAGAGUGAAUUUUUGCAGUCUUAAACGUAGUACAAAUUUAAACAUGACCAACAUGUUUUUACGUAUGAGGAGUUUGUAAAACGUGUUACUAAUACAUGUAUCUUCUACAUAUAUGUGAGUUUAGUAUCAAUGUUUCUAUAUGUAAAUUGAGUUAAUUUGAUCUUAGAAAACACUUAAGAGAUCACUAGCUCUUUUCUAGACUUGAAGGAAUGUUAAAAUAUUAACUAAACAUUAAUUCUAGGUGGGUUACAGAUUGAAAUGUAUAAGGCAAAACAAUAAAGACUCUAGAAGGUAGUAAAAAGUGUAUCUUCAUAAUCUUGGAGUAGGAAAAAAACAUUUCUAAACAAGAAACAAAAACACAAUUAUAAAGGAAAAUAUCAAUAAACUAGGCAACACAGAAAUUCAGAAUUUCAUUUACAAUCCAUACAAAUAUUGAAUCAUUACAUUGUACACCUGAAACUAAUGUAUGUCAAAUAUAUCUCAAUUUUUAAAGUACUUAUUUAACAAAAAAAUCACUAGAUUAAAAAGGCAAGUCAAAGAGUAGGAGUAAAUAUUGAAAUAUCUACAAUAUAUAUCACCAAUAGAAGUUUUAUAUCCAGAACUUACUAAGAAGGACAAAGGAGGGGAAAAAAACACCCUACAAGGAACCAAGAAAGAGUCAAGAAUAACAGAAAAUGACACAAG